AUGGAGCCUUCCUUCCUAAUCAAGAUACCCCCCUUCAAGCUUUACUCAACGGCGUUCGCGGCCUGCUUCGCCCCGCUUGGCUGCCUUAUUACGUUCGCAAUGCCGAUAUCCGGGCCUAUGGAUUUGCCUGUAUGGCAGUGGCUACCCGUACUUUUUUUCAUUGUAAUCCAGUGUUCCUUCAUAUUCGCUCCAUGGGCUAAUACUUUCCUGUCUGAUGUUUGGGGUGAUCGCCGUGUAGCGAAGUACUUCAAGAUAGGUCUCAUGGCGGGUGUCUGGCAGCUAUUCUGGCUUGGUAUCGUACCGGCCUUCACUCCCUAUUGGCCUCUACCCUGGAUGCCAGUGAUUGGCGGCCUAACACUUUCGGUCGGAGUUGUUAUGGUCUACUAUGAGCUCCCGAAGGAUAGGCGCUCCGCCGCAUCCAGGAAGGAUAUGACUAUGAUGUUCUUCACCAUCGGCAAUUGCAUCUUCAUUUUCGCCAUUGCCUGUCCACUUCUGUACUAUUUGUCGCUCAAUUACGACGGCUUCUUUAAGAUGUGUAUUUUUCUAUCGUUUUUCCUCCUUAGAGCGGGAUUUGAGAGAAUAGCUAAGCAUUAUGCCAAGUUAUACUGCAUUGAUUGUUAUCCUAUAAUAAUUUUAUUUGCGAUGUACGCUUAUGAAUUCUUCGUUGCUUCCGUCAUCAGUUCCGUUACCCAGAUCUGGCUGGCCAUGUUGCUGAUCGCUUUGGACCUUGGCGAAAACCUAUAUUAUAUUUAUUGUAGCUAUGUGAGAAGAUCUUCGGGUCCAGGAGACAUCGGGAAGGACACUCCGGACGGACCAGCUUCCCUCGAAGUCCGAGAAUCCGAUGCACAGAACAUAGAGAAAGACGAUUCGAAACAACCCAGGGAUGCGUGGCCGCCGGAGCUACCUCUCGUGAUUGCCGAUCCCAGUACCCUUUCCGCAGUUGGUGGUGUCAAAGAGGAUGGUCUAAGCUUCUCGCGGAUAGUACCAUCUACAGACGGGAGUGUGGCUGGGAAUCUGGAGCUUAAUAGUGGUUCUAACUUUCCCGGCUUGGAACAGCAGGUUUCAGCCGAGCUUCCAGUCACUGUGGAUUGUCGUAGCAUUCCACGGCGAGGCUCCAGUAUGAGCACGCUGUCUUCUUUCACUAAUUUGCCCAAAUCUGAGCUUCAGGAAGGAGAGCCUACCGAUAAUAAUGGCGCGAAGACAACAACUAAUAACGGCUCUCAUGGUGGAAUGUCGUUGCUCUCGAGCAAGAGCGAUCCCGUUGGUAUCGUUGAGAACUCCAAUACCAACAUGGACGACGAUGAGAUAAUUCAGACAGAUGAGAGAAUCAGGCGACCACUCUCCAUCAUGACAAUUGCAAUCUGCAAGGAAGUUGUUGAGAUCCUCGCUCCUGUGCAUUAUCUAGUCUGCUUCGUUGUUCUACGUUCCCUGAAUCCCAAGCUCCACGACGCCUUCUGGGAUAUGACAGACGAAGAGUUCAUGCGUGGGAUCCGUAGGCUGUUAAUCGAUAUCGUAGCCGAAAUUGGUGUUUUCAUAUUACUUGUCACCUUCAUGAAGCGAUGGUACCAUGAAUCUAUCAUAUCUAUUUUCCUAAGACUAAUGUAUCGCUUUUUUUGGCCUUUCCUUACUUCACAGAUGGCUCUGAUGACGUAUUAUAUAGUCCUUCAAUAUACGAAUGCUGGCAUGACGGUUCCGUUCGACUUCAUGUGGAUAGGUGACAAGAACGCAACAUGGCAUGGUGGCAACUGCUAUACUGUUGGGAAUGAGACCAUCGAGGAGGUUUGCUGA